GACGUUCUAGCCUCGACUCGAGCGAUCGCACUCAAUUACAUAAUAUCUCGAUUCUGUUUAUCGACUGUAUGGGACUAAGUGGUAGCACUAUGCCGAAUGCAGCAGCAAAAAAGCUUGUAGAUGAAAUGAUAGCAUCAAACAAGGUAGUAGUAUUCUCUAAGACCUACUGUCCUUACUGUGAUAUGGCCAAAGCAGCUCUGAACAAAACUGGACUCAAAGAUUUUUUGGUGAUCGAGCUUGAUGGACGUAAUGACGGUGACAGUAUUCAGGAUUAUUUACGAACGUUAUCUGGCAUCAGAAGUGUCCCUCAACUUUUUGUUGACAAGAAAUUCAUUGCUGAUGGAUCAAAGACAAAAGCCAUGCAAGCAUCUGGAGAACUAGUUCCAAUCUUAAAGAACUGUGGUGCUCUUUAAACAGCAUUAAUAAUUUUAUCAAUGAUUUAUUCAAUACUAAUGCAACUACUAAGGACUGAAUAAAUCAUAUUAUUUA